AUGGCCAAAAAACUGAUUGGUUUAAAAAAGAGGCUCAAGAUUUGGGCCAAGCUUACUUUCGGUUCUAUCCGCGACAGCAAGAGAGACCUUCGCCAGGCCCUGGAUGAUCUAGAUUGCUUUCGGGAAUCCAAGCCUUUGAAUGAGGAGGAGGUUACCAGAUCGGAAUCGCUUUCUAAAGAGCUCAUGCUUACCCUGAACCAAGAGGAAAUUCACUGGAAACAGAGGGGUGACAAGAACAUCGGGCAUGCCUUCACGUCCUUUUUCCGUAGCCAGUUCGGAUCUAAGCGGGAUAAUCGGUUGAUAUUUGAUUGGAGCACACUGCUCUCGAGGAAAUCCAUUAUCAAUCUCGAGGAUCUUGAGGCUCCCUUUUCUGUUGAGGAGAUUAAAAUGGCCACGAUGGAUCUUGCGGCGAACAAAGCACCUAGACCUGAUGACUUUCCUAAAGUCGUCGAUCAGUUAAUUGACAACUCCCAAUCUGCCUUCAUUAAGGGGAGGUCUAUUUUGGACAAUGUGGUGGUAGCUGAAGAAAUCAUCUUUGGCCUCCAGAAACGGGAGCUCCCUGGUAACAUCGUGAAAGUUGACUUUGCCAAGGCCUUUGAUAUGGUGGACUGGGACUUCCUCUUGGACUUGCUUGAAGCUAGGGGCUUUGGCCAUAGAUACCAGCAUGGUUUGCACCGAGGGGAUCCUCUUUCACCCUUGCUUUUUAUCCUUGUAGUAGACGUGCUCAGUGCUAUGUUCAACCAUGCUUUGGCGACCCAUGUUCUUCAUGGUGUCCCUCUGGGAAGUCAGGGCAAUGUCUGCCAUCUGCAAUAUGCGGAUGAUUUGCUUAUUUUGUCUGCUGGCGGGAUUAAGGACCUCAGGAUUAUUAAGUUGAUACUAUACGUCUUCGAAGGAAUGUCUGGCUUAGCAGUCAAUCUUAACAAAACAUGUUUGGUCUCCACCAAAUUCGGUUCCCUUCCUUGUCCUACUUCACUGGCCACUCUUAGCUGUUCAGCAAAUGUCCUCCCGAUCACCUAUCUAGGUAUUCCUAUUGUUGGCAGGAGGCCCCGUAGACAGGACUGGGAGGUUCUUAUUCUAAAAAUUAAGGUCAGACUCUCGUCCUGGAAAGCGAAUUACCUACCUCUUGGGGGGAGGCUCAUUCUCAUCAAUUCUGUCUUCUCCGAGUUACCCACAUAUUGGAUGUCAAUUUUCCGAUUGCCAAAAUGGGUCUGCAAAUGUAUCGAUCGUUUGAGGAGGGACUUCCUCUGGAGCGGGCCUGAUAUCGACCAUCCUAAAUGUCGACUAGUCAAUUGGCGUAGGCUUUGUCUUCCUCGAAGUCAAGGAGGCUGGGGUAUCAUCAACUUAGAGGACUUUAAUUGUGCACUUCUCGGGAAAUGGUGGUGGAAAGUCGUUAAUGACGAGUUUUGGUGUGGAUCGGCUCCUAUCAUCCACAAUUAUUUUCAGCAUCAUUCGAAAUGGAACCUUUGGUUGCCACGCAGCCGUCACUGCUCUUUCUUCUGGAACGGUCUUUUCCACUCUCUUGAUGCUUUCAAAGCUUGCCUCAACUCAUUGGUGGAGAAUGGCGAAUCUACCCUGCUUUGGUUAGAUAAUUGGUAUAACGGUGGCGCCCCCAAAUUCUUUUGGAGGGAUGAAUUUCUUCAUUCUACUUCCCCAUUCGCGACUGUUAGGGAAGUUAUUUGGGAUCUUCCUUCUGAUGCCAUGAGGACUGACCCCGUCUUAUGUUCAACUCUUUCCAAAAUCCAGUCCGCAACGCGGGAGCAGCCUGACAAGAAAACUUGGAAACUAUCGGCUAAUGGUUCCUUUUUUGUCAAAUCCUUUUACAAAUUCCUUAUUGAUAGAGGGUUGAGAUGUGAGGUCACUCCUAUUAUCUUCAAGGGCUUUGUGCCUCGGAAAAUUGCCGCGUUCGCCUGGUUAGUCUGGAACAGGAAGAUCCUUACUCUGGAUACCCUUUUUGCAAGGGGUUGCAACAAACUGCCUUCGGCGACUUGUCUUCUGUGUUGUUCUGAUAUUGAGUCCAUUGACCACCUAUUUUUUAGGUGCCGCUUUUCUAGGGAACAUUUGGAACCGUCUCGCUCUCGUCUUUUCUUUCCAACGUAUCCCUCCACUAGUCUGGACCUGUGGGGUAGUUGGUUUCGUGAGCUUGACCCUAUUCUUAGGCUUCCCUGUUCGCUUAUCGCGAGGGUGGUCCUUUGGCAUAUCUGGCUUGCUAGAAAUAACCGUGUUUUCAAUUCAGUGUUUAUUUCUAGGCCUACGGUUUUCUUGAAUAUUUGUCAUAUGUAUCUCUCUUGGAUGUCAGUGGUCCUAGCUAAGGAGUUGCGUAAGCUGGAAGAUUCGAUUGCUGCUGUUAGACGCUGUAUCCAGUUCUCUGGAUCCCCUUCUCGCUUGGAGUUGGAUCCCAACGGGCCAGUCGAUUUCUCCGGCUAG